UCAAACGCAUUACCUGUUUCACACAGAUCUUCCUCUUUCUUUAGAACCAGCAGCAUUCUCAGCAAAGACCAUCCCCCAGACAAGAAACCCAAAAGUGACAAAACCUCACUUCCCUCCAAUGAGUUUGACCCUACAGAAGCUCUGGUGGUGCAGAAGAGUGGCAGCAGCACUGUGCUAGCAGAGGGGAGGCCUGAGUCCUGUGGUCUGGUGCAGCGAUGUGUAAUCAUCCAAAAAGAUGAAAAUGGAUUUGGCCUCACUGUCAGUGGUGACAACCCAGUGUUUGUGCAGCUUGUCAAAGAAGAUGGGGCUGCUAUGCGAGCAGGUGUUCAGACAGGAGACAGGAUCAUCAAGGUUAACGGGACCCUCGUUACACAUUCUAAUCACAUCGAAGUGGUGAAACUUAUCAAAUCGGGCUCCUAUGUGGCCCUCACAGUAUUGGGGCGCCCUCCAGGGCUUCCCCAGAUCCCUUUGCCUGAAACAGAGCCCGACCUGUUGGGUGUUAGCAUAUCAUCUCCAAACUCCCCAGCAGCGGAGCGCCCAUACAGUCCUCUGGACCGCCUCUCCUCUCAACAGUCAUUGGAUGAGAAUAGCAGUGUCUGCAACCAGAAGGCUGACAUCCUGCAAAAGAAGCUCUCAAAAGAGCAGCAGGAGCUUCAGGCAAUGAAGGAGGAGUACAGCAGGAACCCCUCCCCCAAACUACUGAAAGACAUCCAGGAAGCUAAAAAACACAUUCCUCAGCUGCAGGGUCAGCUCUUCAAGGCCACAGGGACAAUACAGGAGGCUAUUUCAGGUGGUGAUGCAGAUGAUGGCAGCAUAUGUCUGACAGAGCGCACACAUUGCCCAAAGGGAGACAAUAGCACAGAGCUGUCCUGGAGUAACUCUUCUACACCUCGCAUCUUUGGGCACGGAUCUCUGGAGGGGCAGUAUCCAAGAGAUUCCUUGUGCUCCAGCCCGAAGACAACACCUAGGAACAGCAUCAACUCCUGCCACUCCCCAGAGACGGAGGAUGUCACUGACUUGGACUCUCUGUCUCCCACCACGGUCAGCAGUCCCUCCUCCUCUCGCCUUGUCUCACAAAUCAUUGGAGCUGAAGACGAAGAGUUCGAUCCAGACCAGUGUAACAGCUUUAACAGUAUUGAGCAGCUCAAGUCUCGCCCUGCUCACCUCGCAGCCUUUCUGCACCAUGUCAUCUCACAGUUUGACCCUGCUCCUGUGCUGUGCUACCUCUUCGCUGACCUCUUUAAGCAGACCAACUCCAAAGAGACCAGAAGGAUUUUCAUGGACCUCCACAACUUUUUCAUGGAUCGGGCAGCAAAUUUAAAAGUUCCCGUUCCUGAGUCUGUUUCUGCUGAUCUAGGUAAGCAGAAGCGCAGCAUGGGCCUAACAGUGGCCGAAGUUGAGCUGGCCAGACUGGACCAGGAGAGAGUCAGAGACCGAAUCACUUUAGAACGAGAACGUUCAUAUGCUGAAAACAUCAUCACCAAAAUAGACGACAUCCUGCUAACUACUCAGACAACAGAGGAGGAAAAAUGCACUACGAUACAGUAUGUCAUCUAUACGUACAUGAAGCACCUUGGUGUGAGGGUUAAGGAACCUCGCAGUCUGGAGUCCAAACGGGUUCGGAUCAGCUUUCUUCCUAAGAAGAAGAAAAGCAACAAGACAGAAAAAGAAGGAGAUGAUAAAGUUAAGAAAAGAUUCCCUAGUAUCCUUGCACCUCAGCGUAGGCCCAGUCGCAUUGAAUCAGCUUCAGCCGCGGACAGUCGCCCCCGGCCUCAGAAACAGCUUUCUCAGCCUGCACUGGGAGCCAAUGAGCACAUGGAAACCAGUCGUCUGAGAGGCAGCCAGUCCAGCGAGGGCUCCGAACUCACCAAUUCCACGCCUGUCAACACUUCUUCUCCGAUCAGCGCCACCUACAGCUCUGACUCUAACCGAGACAUGGAUGGUGGUGGAACUCCAUUAUCAGCCCCCUCCAGGCUGAGUGACGGUCUUCAGUCGGACCCUUUGGACGGGUUGCCAUAUCCUGCUCCACACCUGGACCUUUUUAGCCUGGACCAACUACAAGAGGAUGACAGAGAAAGUGACAGAGCUCAUGAUGGAACACCAAAGGCAAUGAGAAGAUUUGAGGGAUUUGGUCCUGCUGAUGUUCAGAGUGAGGAUGACCAGGGGACAGACUCUGAGCAUGAUCCCCCAAACUGGCAGCAACUGGUUGGACGAGAAGUUCUUGCAGGUCUCAGACCUCAUGAAAUCAAGAGACAGGAAGUCAUCAAUGAGCUCUUCUACACGGAGCGUGCACACGUGAGGAUGCUGAAAGUUUUGGACAACGUUUUCUAUCAGAAGCUUUCCAAAGAUGCAAUCCUUCCUCCCGCUGACAUCAAAAAUAUUUUCACCAACCUAGAUGAGGUCCUACAGCUACAUGUUUCAAUACUUGAGCGAAUGACUGCUGUUCGGAAGAGAAAUGACUCUUCAGUUAUUGAUCAGAUCGGAGACGACUUGCUGUCAUGGUUCAGUGGUGCAGAGGAAGAGAAGAUCAAGCAGGCAGUGGGGACAUUUUGCAGUAACCAGCCUUUUGCUCUGGAGAUCAUCAAGACCAAGCAGAAGAAAGACUCGAGGUUUAUCUCAUUCAUUCAGGAGGCAGAAAGUAACAGACUGUGCCGCAGACUGCAGCUUAAGGACAUCAUUCCUGUAGAGAUGCUCCGUCUUACAAAAUACCCCCUGCUUCUAGACAACAUCGUCAAGUACACAGAGAAUGUAAUGGAAAAGGACAAAGUCAGGCAGGCGGCAGACUGCUGCAGGAAGAUUCUCACUCAUGUCAACCAGGCUGUGAAGGAAUCUGAGGACAAACAGAGGUUAGAAGACUAUCAAAGAAGAUUGGACCUCUCGUCUCUGAAGCAGACAGACAACCCCAUGAUCCUCGAGCUAAAGAACCUGGAUCUAACCAAGAAGACGAUGUUGCAUGAGGGUCCCCUGUCGUGGAAGGUGAACAAGGACAAGACUAUUGAGUUGUACACGCUCCUCCUGGAGGACAUUCUGGUUCUGCUGCAGAAACAGGACGAGCGUCUGAUCCUGAAGUGUCACAGCAAAAACCUGUCGGGCACCGCAGACACCAAACACAUCUUCAGCCCCAUCAUCAAACUCAGCACUGUGCUAGUGCGUUCUGUGGCUACAGACAACAGAUCGUUUUUCGUCCUCUCCAUGUCAGACAACGGUGCCCAGAUCUAUGAGCUAAUGGCACCCACAGUUUCUGAUCAGAAAACGUGGCAGGCUCUGAUUUCCCAGAGAGCAGACGUCAUUAAAGUCAAGCCCCACAGCGUCAUACCUUUACCUCAAACUGAUGGGGAGAGGGAUGGUGUGGAGAUCAUAACGGCAGGGGUUUCCAGGUUGAGUAGAGACCCAGACCGCACAUCCACCGGCAGCACUCAGUCCACAGACAAAGAGAGCAGCUCAGCCUCUAGAGGAGCUCUGCAGAGCUCCCUACCCAGUAGCAACCCAUUCGAGGAGGUGAAGGCAGAUGAGGAAGAGGAAGAAGGAUUUGUUGGCCCAGAGCUAGCUUAUCAAGUAGUGGAGAACAGCAGAGGAGACUCGUUUGAUGUGUUUCCCUCCAGGGCAGACGAAGCUCUGAAAACAUGUAAGUACGCUGAAACAUGA